GUUACCGCAGCAGCCGGUUGAUGGGUGGUGUGGUCACGUGACUCCACCCCUUCGUUUCCGACACAACAAUACAACAACGGUGUCGGUCUGCAAACCGCUCCUCUCUCCCUCCUCCUACGCCUCUCUCUCUCUCGGUAUGGCGGACGGCGAGAGGUCCCCGUUGCUGUCGGAUUUGGGAGACGGCGCUCUCGGCAGCGGUAACGGCGGACUUUCUCCCGGCUCGGGGCCGUACGGCGUGCCCAACAAACCCCAGAGCUUCCCCCCCUUUCCCAGCUCCAGUCAGCCCUCUGUGCUCCUAGGAGAGGACCCUCCGCCGUUGUCCCCUCUCACCUCCCCGGAGAGUGGGAAUGCACCCGUUAUCAGCUGCAGGGUGUGUCAGAGCCUCAUCUCGGUGGAGGGCAAGACGCACCAGCAUGUGGUGAAGUGUGGCGUUUGCAACGAAGCUACGCCCAUUAAGAACGCUCCAGCAGGGAAGAAGUACGUUCGCUGCCCCUGCAACUGUCUUCUCAUCUGCAAAGUCACUUCUCAGAGGAUUGCCUGUCCCCGACCAUACUGUAAGAGGAUAAUAAAUCUGGGCCCCAUUCAUCCUGGCCCGGCCAGUCCCGAUCCCCAGCCUGCCGGAGCCCGGGUCUCCUGUGGACACUGCAGCAACACCUUCUUGUGGACAGAGUUCACGGACCGGACRCUGGCCCGGUGCCCACACUGCAGGAAAGUCUCCUCCAUCGGUCAGAGGUAUCCCCGGAGGCGAAGCWUGUGGUGUUUUCUACUCUGCUUGCUAUUCAGCGUUUCCACGGCUGGGCUGAUGGCUGGAACGUGGGUGAAGGCUCAGACCUACCAGGGGAUCUACGCCUCGUGGGCCGUCAUGCUGCUCCUGGUUCUCGUCACCUUGGCCCGGGCCUUCUACUGGGUGUGCAUGAGGGUCAGCCAGCCGCUGCAGAGCUUCACAUAGAGGGGGGCUCCUCCCCCGCCACACACACACACAUGCGCACACAUACACACCCCGCCGUCGUCUGCCACUUCCCCAGACCCACCAGGCAGGAGGAACAAUGGCUUU